GGGAGAUCUGUGCAGGUAUGUAGUUCAGUAGGUCGUGGUCGGGCCCACCGUUUCGGUGCAGCGUUGUGCGUGCGUUCUCUGUGGUUGAAUUCGUAAAAACUGGUACGAUAACGUCGUGGAAAGCCUCGAAGCGUGCGAACGCUGAAUUACGUCAGAAGCGUUUUCGAAUUGAAAAAGUUCAACGCUGUUGAGAGAAUAUGAAAGGUAUAUGCAACGUCUUUUUAUCCGAGAUGCACUCAUAGCGACAAGAUACGAGCUUUCAUUCACUUGGAAGCGCGGAAGAACUUGAGCUGGGCAUAGGAGCAAAUGAUUUGAAAACAUUGCUGACCAGCUGAAAUCCUUAAAAAUGCCCAUAUCUGAUGAAGCUUCGAUGCCAGUUGUGUCAUACCGUCAAAAAUAUCGUAACCUAAAGCGCAAGUUAAAGUUCCUUCUCUACGAAAACGAAUGUUUCCAGGAGGAGCUGCGAAAGGCGCAAAGAAAGCUGCUGAAAGUAACACGCGACAAAAGCUUUCUCCUCGACCAGAUUCUUCAAUAUGAGUCUAUCGAUUCAUCAUCGAGUGACUCGGAUGCGACUGUGUCUAGUGACAGCGACUCCGAGCUUCGUGUUGAACCGCCACCACCGCCUCCCGCAAUCAAGAAAAAGAAGCCGUCGGUGACCCCUGUUGAAAGCAGCAACGUCCACCAUAUUCCUGUGGCUAGCGUGUCAGCAGUAACAGUGCCCAGUGCUACUCCCUCUUGUUCUAUACCUAUAAAAACCGAAAUAACGCCGGGGCCGCUACCGGCCACUAACACUUCCGCUGCUUUGGGUGUUCUGCCUACGCUAGCAGCCAAGUCGGCUGUUUUGAUGCCCCCCGGUGCGUCUCUCAAUCCGACGGCUGAUAAGAAAAAGAAAGUAGCCAGGGCCUCCAAGCCUCCGCCAGCAACAGUGCCUACACCACCGCAGCCGACGUCGAAACCGAUUUUGGUCUCUGGUGUUCCAAAAAGGAUAUUAGAAGCAGCCGAUGCACUUUGUGUGAGUCGUCUGGACGGCCACAUGACUUCGGAGGAGGUGGAGAGGCACCUGGAAGCAAGGCAGGCACUGCGCGAUCUACUUCCUGAGAAGGCUCCGCUCACAGUGCCUGCUGAGCUCUUCAGCAAUGAACCACCGGCAGACCUACUGGACGGCGGGCCGCCCUUGCUGGCGCCUGGCACCUCUGUCAUGGCCUCCACUGAUGCUGAGGGGGAUGAGGACGAACUCAUCACUGGAAUAGCAUAGUGAUUACAUGUAUCUCAAGUUGUUAGAAAAGCCAUAUGUUUUACACACUGACACUGGAGCUAUGUAGUGUUAUGUAAGAUCCUAACUCUUAGUUCGAA